AUGCAUCGGCCAGUCGCUCGUUUGGCCAAAUACGGGGGCUUUGCCCUGGCUGAAUUGCCUCCGCCAUACCUGGCACCCUCCCUCCAUUUCACGCCUCGAUUCCAAUCCUCGAGCUUCUCCACGACUCCCGUUGCCGCUGCCCGAGAGCGAGGACGCGACUUGAACCGAACCCGAGCUGUAUCAGCCAUUCAUCGCACUGGCCCACGAUUCAAACUUGGCGUUUCCAAGUACCCAUUGCCGAAACCUGUGUCCUCUGAGAACCUGCCUCCCCGGCCCAAGAAUCCCGACCAUGGACUUUGGGGAUUCUUCCCUCCAUCGCGUGAGGCCAUCAGUGUCCCGGAAUUCGACAUGGCCCACGGUCGCUCAUGGGCUGUUACCGAACUCCGCGACAAGAGCUGGGACGAUCUUCACAAACUUUGGUGGGUCUGCAUUAAGGAACGCAACCGUAUCGCUACCUCGAACAUGGAGAGAGACCGUCUGAAGGCUGGAUACGGAGAGCACGAAGCUGAUGGCCGGGACAAGACUAUCGUGAUUACCAUGAAGAGCAUCAAACAUGUGUUGCGUGAGCGCUGGUACGCUUGGGAAGAGGCACAGCGUCUGUAUGAGCAGGGAGCUCGCCCGGAGUAUGAAGAUGUCAUGGAGGCCCCUGAGGCUGACGAGGUUCAAGCCUCCAAGCCUUAA